AUGUCUCAUGGCAACACUAGUGACACAGGUCGGAGGAACCAUCACUUGAGGGCUAGUGACACAGGUCGGAGGAACCAUCACUUGAGGGCUAGUGACACAGGUCGGAGGAACCAUCACUUGAGGGCUAGUGACACAGGUCAGAGGAACCAUCACUUGAGGGCUAGUGACACAGGUCGGAGGAACCAUCACUUGAAGGUUAGUGACACAGGUCGGAGGAACCAUCACUUGAGGGCUAGUGACACAGGUCGGAGGAACCAUCACUUGAGGCCUAGUGACACAGGUCGGAGAAACCAUCACUUGAGGGCUAGUGACACAGGUCGGAGGAACCAUCACUUGAGGGCUAGUGACACAGGUCGGAGAAACCAUCACUUGAGGGCUAGUGACACAGGUCAGAGGAACCAUCACUUGAGGGCUAGUGACACAGGUCGGAGGAACCAUCACUUGAGGGCUAGUGACACAGGUCGGAGAAACCAUCACUUGAGGGCUAGUGACACAGGUCAGAGGAACCAUCACUUGAGGGCUAGUGACACAGGUCGGAGGAACCAUCACUUGAGGGCUAGUGACACAGGUCAGAGGAACCAUCACUUGAGGGCUAGUGACACAGGUCAGAGGAACCAUCACUUGAGGGCUAGUGACACAGGUCAGAGGAACCAUCACUUGAGGGCUAGUGACACAGGUCAGAGGAACCAUCACUUGAGGGCUAGUGACACAGGUCAGAGGAACCAUCACUUGAGGGCUAGUGACACAGGUCAGAGGAACCAUCACUUGAGGGCUAGUGACACAGGUCAGAGGAACCAUCACUUGAGGGCUAGUGACACAGGUCGGAGGAACCAUCACUUGAGGGUUAGUGACACAGGUCAGAGGAACCAUCACUUGAGGGCUAGUGACACAGGUCAGAGGAACCAUCACUUGAGGGCUAGUGACACAGGUCAGAGGAACCAUCACUUGAGGGCUAGUGACACAGGUCGGAGGAACCAUCACUUGAGGGCUAGUGACACAGGUCAGAGGAACCAUCACUUGAGGGCUAGUGACACAGGUCGGAGGAACCAUCACUUGAGGGCUAGUGACACAGGUCAGAGGAACCAUCACUUGAGGGCUAGUGACACAGGUCAGAGGAACCAUCACUUGAGGGCUAGUGACACAGGUCAGAGGAACCAUCACUUGAGGGCUAGUGACACAGGUCUGAGGAACCAUCACUUGAAGGCAAUGAAGUUAUGGACACAGCUGAUAUUUGAGACAAAGGAGCAUGAAAAAUACAAAUUUGAAAUUCAGAUUUUGAAGUGA